CAUGGCUGAGGCGUCACGGUGGCAAAGAGGCGGGGCUCCGAAACCUACCCUGCAUUACAGAAAGGAAGUAGAAAUUAGAACCACACUUCAGGAGUUGUCACUCUACUUUAUUUUUUUAAUAAACCUAUGUAUAUUGACUUUUGGCAUGGUAAACCCACAUAUGUAUUACUUAAACAAAGUUAUGUCAUCUCUAUUUUUGGACACUUCUGUGCCUGGUGAUGAAAGAAUCAACUUUAAAUCUAUUCGCAGCAUAACUGAUUUUUGGAAGUUUAUGGAAGGACCCCUUUUGGAAGGUCUGUACUGGGACGCAUGGUACACAAACAAGAUGUUGUAUAAUUUAAAGAACAGCAGUCGCAUCUACUAUGAAAGCAUACUUUUAGGAGUGCCCAGAGUCCGUCAACUAAAAGUCCGCAACAACACAUGCAAGAUCUAUACAUCAUUUCAGUCUUUGAUGAGUGAAUGUUAUGACAGAUACACUUCUAGCAAUGAAGACACAUCUGAUUUUGGCCUUGAACAGGAAACUGAAUGGAAGUAUUCUACUCCUAAUACUAGCUCCCCUUGGCACUGGGGAUUUGUUGGUGUUUACCAAAAUGGGGGAUUUAUUUUCACUUUAUCAAAAUCAAAAUCUGAAACAAAAAACAAAUUUAUUAACCUUCGACUCAACAGCUGGAUCACAAGAGGGACUAGAGUUAUUUUCAUUGAUUUUUCGUUAUACAAUGCUAAUGUUAAUCUGUUUUGCAUCAUCAGAUUGGUGGCAGAAUUCCCUGCAACUGGAGGAAUCAUUACUUCAUGGCAGUUUUACUCUGUGAAGCUCCUCAGAUAUGUUAGCUACUAUGAUUAUAUUAUUGCUUCCUGUGAAAUCACAUUUUGUAUUUUUCUUAUUGUUUUCACAACACAAGAAGCCCAAAAAAUAAGAGAAUUUAAGUCUGCCUAUUUCAAAAGUGUUUGGAACUGGCUAGAAUUACUACUUUUGGUGUUGUGUUUUGUGGCUGUUUCCUUCAACAUAUACUGUAAUAUACAAAUUUUUCUCUUACUUGGAGAACUGUUACAAAAUACUGAAAAAUAUUCAGACUUCUAUUUUCUUGCAUACUGGUACAUUUAUUACAACAAUGUAAUUGCUAUUACCAUCUUUUUUGCAUGGAUAAAGAUAUUCAAAUUCAUAAGCUUUAAUAAGACAAUGUCUCAGCUGUCAUCAACCUUGUCCCGCUGUCUCAAAGACAUAGUAGGAUUUGCCAUCAUGUUUUUUAUAAUAUUCUUUGCUUAUGCUCAGUUAGGAUUUCUUGUUUUUGGAUCACAAGUUGACGACUUUUCCACUUUUCAAAAUGCCAUAUUUGCACAAUUUCGAAUUGUUCUUGGAGAUUUUAAUUUUGCUGGUAUUCAGCAAGCCAAUCGUAUCUUGGGACCCAUUUACUUCAUCACUUUCAUCUUUUUUGUGUUCUUUGUCCUGCUGAACAUGUUCUUGGCAAUUAUUAAUGAUACCUAUUCUGAAGUGAAAGCUGAUUAUUCAGUAGGCAGAAGGCCAGAUUUUGAACUUGGUAAAAUGAUUAAAAAGAGUUACAACAAUGCUCUUGAAAAACUUAGACUAAAGAAACCUCAAAAGGAUGAAGACAAUAAAGGGAUGAAAGGCGAUUUAGCUGAGCAAGCCAGAAGAGAAGGCUUUGAUGAGAAUGAGAUUCAAAGUGCAGAGCAGAUGAAAAAGUGGAAAGAGAGGCUUGAGAAAAAGUAUUAUUCUGCAGAAAUUCAAGAUGACUACCAGCCUGUCACUCAACAAGAAUUUCGAGAACUCUUUUUAUAUGCGGUGGAGCUGGAGAAAGAAUUACACUACGUCAGUUUAAAACUAAACCGAGUGAUGAGAAAGAUUUCAGCUCUACAAUAUUGAGACAAGUGCAGUCAUUCUGUAAGAAAAAGGCAACCGAAGAAUCAAUGUGAAGAUGUUCCUCUC